CAGAAAAGACAGUGGGAAGGAGGAGAGGACAAGCGGCGGUAGUAAUCUCACCAUCGCGCAUUCAAAAAGGUUCUUGCGCUGAAGGCAACCUAAAAAGCUUUUAGGAAGAUGUGUACUGAUUGACACGUGAACCAGGAAAAUGUUGACCUUACCUUUUGAUGAGCCAUCGAUGAGGCCAGGGCCUGGGACCCAGUUUGAGGCCAAUUUUCCCCUAGAUUGCGUGCGUGAGAUCAAGGUCAGUAAACAAGAGCCUUUCUUAAAAGCAGCCGAUACCAUCUCCUUCGCCCAAACCCACAUAAAAACUACAGAAGGCGAUAUUGACUCGGAGAGAGACGAGGACGAGAGAGAUGAGCUAGGCCAAGAAGACGAGGACGUGGAAGGUUUGCCAGGGAGGAGGAGAGGCCCGCGUAAAAAGAAGAUGACCAAGGGGCGCGUUGACAGAGUUAAGAUUCGGCGCCAGGAGGCCAACGCACGCGAGCGGAGCAGGAUGCAUGGACUUAACAACGCACUGGACAGCCUGCGCAAAGUCGUGCCAUGCUACUCCAAAACGCAGAAGCUAUCCAAGAUUGAGACUCUACGGCUGGCCAAGAACUACAUCUGGGCGCUGUCAGAGAUCCUCAGCACCGGCAAGAGACCCGACCUACUGGCCUUCGUCCAAGCGCUCUGCAAGGGACUGUCUCAGCCAACCACCAACUUGGUUGCGGGCUGUCUCCAGCUCAAUGCUAGAAAUUUCAUAACAGACCACAACCGAGAGUCGCCUUUUACUGGCAGGUCCCCAUUCGACGCCAUGUAUCCUGCCCCUUACCAUAGCUCCACGGAGACUGUAGGGUCCUUAGGCCACGGCAGCAGCACCAUGGACGGCUCCAAACCUUUGCGACCAUUCAGCUCCUACUGCAGUGCCUACGAGUCCUUAUAUGAAAGCACGUCCCCAGAAUGUUCAAGCCCUCAGUUCGACAGCGGUGCUCUCAGCCCUCCAAUCAACUUUAACGGUAUAUUCUCCCUAAAGCAUGAGGAGCCCGCGGACUAUGGAAAGAGCUGCCAUUACGGAAUGCGCUACUGCGCGGCUGUUGCGGGUCGCAGCUCCCUUGGCCAGAACUCGACGUCACGGGUGGCCUCUGACAUCCGGGACAUCCAUGUCCCGUAUGACAUCCAUCUCCGCAGCCAAUUCUACCCAAUGCAGGAGGACUUAAACCCGCCCUUUCAUAAUUGAUGAGUGAAAAGUCCAAUGUGACUUUUCACUCAUCAGCGGAGUAGCCUAAUUAGGCUACGGAAAAUGAAAGACCUAACCCACUCAUGUAUUAUUCACUACUUUGUCGAUUUUGGGCGUUUGGUUGUGGUGUCGGCCAUCUGAUGUAUAAUCAUUAAAUCAUUUUUAUUUAAUGUUAAAUGUCUGGAGAGUAAACAUGUUUUGUCGGGGAACUCUUUUAGGGAAAACACACCAUGAAGGCAACGGAAACAGAGGUCUUGUAGAUUGACAAAUAUCGUUCUGUUUAUAGAGCCUAGAGCUCUCAUAGCUGGGGCUACUGAGUCAUACGAAGACAUUCCAAUUCGCUGCUGUUAUUUGUAAGACAUGCAUUACUAAGAUAGUAUUUGGGUGCCCUUUAUAGUACAUUAUAGUACUAUGGUAUACCUAUUCUAUCUCGAUGCUGCUCCAUUUAAAUGUUUUUAUCCGAAGGGCAUAGCAACAUGGUGGAGUUCGGCCUAGCGAUGCAACGUCGAAAAUAAGACAGCAAUAAAGGCCGAAGGAACUAUGCAAUAAAGAACUGUGCAGUCUAAGAACUCUAUUAUUCCCCACUAAACGCGCAGGUCAGUAGGGCAGCCCUCAACUGGAACAAAUAGGCAAUUAGAAGCUUCAUACAAUUCAUAACAUAGCCAACGUUUCCAUUGCCUCGCGUGUGGCUUAAGUUGUUCAAAGCCAGGAUUGUAAAUAUUUGUAAGUAAUUUAAUUUGUAUGUAUUUAUUUAGGCGACU